AUGUCGACACCAAAGCGUCCCUUCGCCCUGCAAUUCGCCCAUUAUAUGAACACGGCUCCCGGGAUUGAAAAUGCGCUCCGCCUACUCCAGGCAGUCUGCCAAUUAGUAGUGGCAUGGAAGCCGGUAGGGAAUAAAGAAGCUUGGAGAUGGAAGGGCGUGGGAAAUCAAUUUGCUCUUGGACGUCGAUACUUUCGCUAUUUUCAAUUUAUUACUUAUUUUGGAAAUGCGUGGGAUACGUUGAUUGGACAAAAUGAGACUAUCAACCGUCGUGGGCGGACAGCUGUGGCCAUUGAAGUGUGCAGCUUGAGCUCCUACGGGUGCUACCUUUGGUUGGAGGCUUUCACUAUCCCCAACUCAUUGGGAUUUCACUCUACAAAGUGGAGUAGAAUGGCGCUUAUCGAAGCCAACAAAUUCUGGUUCUAUGCCCUCCUGUUCUCAAUAAUAGGAAAUAUCUGGCAACUUUUCCAGCUGUACUUAGAACCAAAUGAGCGUCAGUCGCGUGGUCCCACGCGACAGCCGACAAACAAGUACUCGAAACCAAAAAGCAAAAGGUCAAACGGAUCAACCGCCAACGGAAGCGCGAAAACGAAACCGCAGAGUCAAGCCCACAAGGCCGGUUAUCCAUAUUCCACACUGGUGCGCAAUCUCACUAUCCAUGGAUGUGAUUUGCUCAUUCCCGGCACUAUUGUUGGAUGGAUUGAAGUGUCACCAGUGCUUGUAAAUAGCGCGAUGAUUCUGAGCACAGUGCUUGUGGGACGAGAUAGAUGGACAAAGACGCAACAGAACAUUUGA